AUGCCCGCAAUUAGUCAUAGAAGAGAUUCACUUGAAGAUAUUAAUACAGAUUUAGUCACAUUGCCACGUUAUAUUAUUGAAACUCAACAAUCAAUUAAAGGUGCUAAAGGUGAUUUUACUCUUGUAUUGAAUGCCUUAGGGUUCGCAUUUAAAUUUAUUUCACAAACAAUUCGUAAAGCGGAAUUAAUUAAUUUAGUUGGUAUUACAGGUAAUACAAAUUCAACAGGUGAUCAACAAAAAAAAUUAGAUGUGUUAGGUGAUGAAAUUUUUAUUAAUGCAAUGAGUGCAAGUGGUAUUGUUAAACUUGUGGUAUCAGAAGAACAAGAAAAUAUGAUUGUGUUCCAUAAUAAUGAUGCAAAAUAUGCAAUCUGUUGUGACCCAAUUGAUGGAUCUUCAAAUUUAGAUGCAGGUGUCUCUGUUGGUACAAUUUGUUCAAUUUUUAGACUCUUACCUGGUUCAACAGGUUCAACGGCCGAUGUCUUAAGACAAGGUACAGAAAUGGUUGGUGCUUGUUAUGCAAUGUAUGGUGCAUCAACUCAUUUAUUAUUAACGUUAGGUAAUGGUGUAAGUGGAUUCACAUUAGAUAAUACUUUAGGUGAAUUUAUUCUUGUACAUCCGGAAUUAAAAUUGCCUUCACAAAGAUCAAUUUAUUCAAUCAAUGAAGGUAAUUCAUAUUAUUGGGACAAAGAAAUUGUUGAAUUUAUUGAAACAUUAAAACAACCACAAUCUCAAGAUGGUAAACCAUAUUCUGCAAGAUAUAUUGGUUCAAUGGUUGCUGAUUUACAUAGAACUUUUCUUUAUGGUGGUUUAUUUGCUUAUCCUUCAGAUAAAAGAAAUCCUCAUGGUAAAUUAAGAUUAUUAUAUGAAGCUUUCCCAAUGGCUAUGUUAGUUGAACAAGCAGGUGGUAAAGCUGUUAAUGAUCAAGGAAAAAGAAUUUUAGAUUUAUGUCCAAGUCAUAUUCAUGAUAAAUCAUCUGUAUGGAUGGGUUCAAAUGAUGAUGUUGACAAAUAUUUAAAAUAUGUUGGCAAAUUGUAA